AUGGAGCUUCGUUUGGUGCAGCUGUGUCUUCUUCUGUCUGUGUGCGGGUUCAGCUCUGUGCUGGGCUGCAGGUGGAUCAAACACAAGUUUCAUCACCACCAUAGAGUCUCUGUGGAUCUGAUCAGAAAGAUGGGUGAGAAAAUCCAUAAUGACCAUGAAGAUGUCAACCCAAUCCCGUAUGAACUGAUCAAUAACCACAGAAGCGCAGAGCCUGAGAAACAGAUCCUGUUCGUCAUUCAGGCUCUGAAGGAGAUCACUGUCCUCUUUGACGAUGCUAUCGUCCCCUGGGAUGCUAAAAAACUGGAAGAUUUCUUAAAUGUCAUGCAUGAGGAGAUUGAUGGACUGCGCUCAUGUGGUGCUUUCAAAAUGAAGAGGAACAAAAAGUUGCAUCUGUAUUUUGAAAGACUGAGACGAAUGGCAGAGCUGAACACGGAGGGUAGAGAUCACAGCUGGGAGAUCGUCAGAAAACGGAUCAUAAGUUUCAUGAACCAGCUGGAGUUCUUCUCUUUCAACACUCAUGUUUAAGAACCGGAC